AACCCUAGCAUUCUUUGUCGUCUCGGCUAUGGAGAAUGCGGAGAAAAUUGCCACUCGCCAUGUCCUUCUCCUCACCUGUAACGGCAUAGGCCACAUUAAUCCAGCCUUGACGCUCGCCACGAAGCUAGCUUCCAUGGGAUUAUCCAUCACUCUGGUGGUCCCAGACGCGGCCUCUUUCUCGCUGGUGGCUUCCACGGAUUUCCAAGGGCUGCCCAUCACUCUAACCAAGCUUCCACUCCAAGAUCACGGCCAAGAGGAGCAACAUCAACAAGGCUGGACGAUGGAGGGCCUUCGUGUUGCGGUUCGAAGCGGCUAUGAGUGGCCCAGUGACUACUCGCGGCAGAAGAUCGCUCUCGCGGCCCUGCUCGAGGAACUUAAGGUGAGUUCUUCGUCCCCUUGCUGCGUGAUCGUCGACAUGAUUCUCAACUGGAGCGAGGAGCUGCUAGUGAAGACUGGUCUCCCCAGAUUCAUCCUCUACCCGGCCGCGCCCAACUACUUGGCUCUCUCGCUCCACGCGAGAUCUCUCUACAGGAAGAAACUUCUUCCAGUCAAGUUUCCGGGAUUCGAGACCAUGAAGGUGGAGGGAUUGCUUCCCUUGUACCGGAGAGACGUCCCUGACGCCAUGACCGACGAUGGUCACUGCUUGUAUCCCCUCCAUAUGGGAUUCAACGAGCACAUAAUCUCCUCAGAUGGAAUCCUCUUCAACAGCUUCACGGAGCUGGAGCCCGAGCUUUUCAAGGCACUCGCGGAGAGUUUCGAGGAGAUCAAACACCACGAGCUUCUUCCAAUCGGCCCGCUCUUCCCAUCGAAGUACUUCACUCCAGACGCACUGAACGCCACCAAGGAAUCCUCGGUGUUGAGGAGCUCCGAGGAAGAAAGGUGCCAGAGCUGGCUCGACGAGCAGCCUGUGGAGUCUGUGCUCUACGUCUCGUUUGGAAGCUGGGCGCUCUUGACUCCACGGCAAAUCUGCGAGCUCGCUCUCGGGCUGGAGGCCAGCCAGCAGCGAUUCCUCUGGGUGGUGCCCGUGGAGAACAAGUCGAUCGAGGAGCUCGAGGCUCUACUUCCAGAGGGAUUUCUAAAACGCACCGAGGAGCGGGGCCUCGUGCUGCCCGGCUGGGCACCGCAGCAUCUCAUACUCGCUCACUCGUCGCUGGGAGGAUUUCUCACGCACUGCGGCUGGAACUCGACGCUGGAAGUUAUAACUCUGGCUGGAGUGCCGGUGAUCGGCUGGCCUUUCCUCGCCGAUCAGCCCCCCAUCUGCAGAUAUCUGGUCGAUGGCCUCGGCAUUGGAGCCGAAGUUCUUGGCGACGACGAUGGAUUCGUGGAUCGCGACGAGGUGGAACGAGGUGUGAGGGAAAUCAUGGAGAGUCCUCGGGCGGAAGGGAUGAAGAGCCGAGCCAAGGAGCUCCAAGCCAAGGCGAGGAGAGCUGUUGCUCAGGGUGGAAGCUCUCAGAAGAAUCUCGAGGCAUUUGUCGCGAGAAUCAAGUCACUGCUGGUUUGACAAUCUAGGGGCGGAAGAACCCUAGAGUUUAAAUAGCAUAUUCGUUACAAACUA